AUGGCUCUUAACGGAAAGGUUGCUCUCGUCACUGGCGGAGCCAAGAACCUCGGGGCUGAUAUCGCCCACGAGCUGGCGUCGGUCGGGGCCAGCCUGGCGCUGCACUACAACUCGGACAAGACCAAGGCGGACGCGACCAAGACCGAGGCGGCGCUUAAAAAGGCUUUCCCCAAUGUCAAGGUGCGCUUCUACCAGGGCGACCUGACGACGGCCACCGCGGUCGAGAAGCUGUUCGCCUCGGUCGGGAAGGAUUUCGGCGGCAUCGACAUCGUCGUUAACACGGUCGGCAAGGUGCUGAAGAAGCCCAUCACUGAGAUCUCCGAAGAGGAAUAUGACAGCAUGUUUGCUGUCAACUCGAAGUCGGCCUUUUUCAUUCUCAAGGAGGGGGCAAAGCACGUCAGGGAUGGCGGCAAGAUCGUCACCGUUGUCACUGCCCUGCUAGCUGCUUAUACUGGCUACUACACGUCCUACGCCGGCUCCAAGGCGCCUGUGGAACACUUCACCCGCGGUGUGUCCAAGGAGCUGCAGCCGCGCGGAGUCAGCGUCAACGCCAUCGCCCCGGGACCGAUGGACACUCCCUUCUUCUACGGCCAGGGUCCUGAGGCCGUUGCUUACCACAAGAGCCAGGCGCUCGGUGGCCGUCUCACCGACACUAAGGACAUUGCUCCCAUCGUGCGCUUCCUCGUCACCGAAGGAGGCUGGGUCACGGGCCAGACAAUCUUUGCUAAUGGCGGGUACACUACACGUUGA